GUUUAUUUAUGUCCACUUCCCCUCCUCCAUUAUGGCUGUCUUUGCCUCUUUAGGUACAAAAAACCUGGCACCUUAACCCCACAAAACGCAUAAAGCUCCGACCCGUGACGAGACCCGAAAACCUCCAAAAGCUAAAAAAUGGCUCCUUCUUUACGCGAACGCAAUUGAUCCGCGUCCUCUUUCUUACGAUCUCUGCCACCUCUAUCUCUAUUCACUCGAUGACGUGUACCAGGUGCGUUUUUCUAAACCUUCAUCUGUUCUUGCUAAAUUUGCAGUUGCCACUGUUUAAUCGUUCUCUGUGUAACGAUACAUGAUGUCGUGUUGAAGAUAGAAUGUGACAGUGGAUCAGAUAACCAUCGCAUGAAAGUACUAUUGGUUGACAAUACAAACUCCAGUCUAUUCCCAAUUGUGUUUUUGAAGGGUCUUCCAUCAAAUAGAGGACCCUUCAGAUCAGGAGUGUUGCUAUUGCUCUUACCACUGUCUUGCGAAGUCAGUUGGCAUUUUAAAGUUUCUGGUUUGCUGAAAAUGCCUGCUGUGCAAAAGCUUUAUAACUCUUGCCAGGCAUCCCUUUCAACAAAUGGACCGGUCUCUGAAGAGGCUCUUGAAAAAGUUCGCAGUUUGUUAGACAAAAUCAAGCCUUCUGAUGUUGGCCUUGAGCAGGAGGCACAAUUGGUACGAAACUGGAAUGCUAGUGCACGCGAGCUUAAUGGGGUCUCACAAUCACCACCUCCUAUCAAAUACAUCCAUAUACAUGAAUCUGAAAGUUUCUCUAUGGGAAUAUUCUGCAUGCCACCUUCCUCAAUCAUUCCUCUUCAUAACCAUCCUGGGAUGACAGUGUUAAGCAAGCUUCUGUAUGGUUCUUUCUACGUGAAAUCCUAUGAUUGGAUAGAUGUGCCAGUAGAUUCUGACCUGGCUCAAGGUGCGCGACCAGCAAAGCUAGUUAAAGAUUGUCAGAUGACUGCACCAUGUGGAACCACAAUUCUCUAUCCUUCUAGCGGAGGAAAUAUUCAUUGUUUUAAAGCCAUUACUCCUUGUGCAAUUUUUGACAUCUUAUCUCCACCCUACUCCUCAGACGAUGGAAGGCAUUGCAUCUACUUCCGGAGGUCUCCCAAAGCUGAUCUUCCUGGGGAACUUGAGAAGCAUGGAGUGGCAAUAUCUGGAGUGAACUGGUUGGAAGAAAUUCAACCUCCCGAUGACUUUGUAGUAAGGAGAGGGCAAUACAAGGGCCGUGCUCUUAAAACUUAAGGGGUCUUUUCUUUUCUUUUUUCUUUUUACCCCUUUUUUCUCUUUUACCCUAUUUUUAUUCAUAGUUUAUAAUUCAUGUGUGUAAUCAAGGCGAAUUCUUAGUCACAUGGCUGCUUGUCCACUCAAAAUAAUAAUGUGUCGUUGAGAGAAAUAGGAAUCAUAUCAAUUAGUAAUUAAUUAAUGUUCAUAUUAUAAUUAUAAUACCAAUCAAUUGUACCAAUCUCACCUUAAUUUGUCACUGUAAUCAUAGUUGGUACUA